UGCGCCGCUGGGCACAGAGCGCUGAAGGACAGAUCCGCGCACCUUAGUGCACGAACAUGCCCCGGGGCGGAGCGUAAGCGCCAGGAUCAUUAGAUAGUGCGUCAGCAGUAGCAGGUUACUCACCCUGGAACUCACAGACUGGCACUGGUCUCACGCAAGUCAUCCACUUUGUGUUGAUAGCAGGGUGGUCGCUCGUGGGGCGUUGCUCACCUGAGGGGCUGAAGCAGGAGGGCUGGCUUCCCUCAGCUGACCAUGAUCGGACAGUGGGGAACAGGGCAAGUCUGGCCGUAGUAGCGGACUCGACAACGUGGAAAGAAGAGAAGCGGUAAAAUCGCAACAUAUGAUAGGAGAGGAAAUCUGUUCCUAGAGCAAUUGUCCGGAGGGACUUGUUGAUUAAAUUUCGGCAGCGAAGGAGGAAUGCGAGAAGUGCACUGGAGCGAGUGGAUGAAGCGCUGCCCCGGCUUUUAAAGAAUAUUUAAAAAUCGUGCCGAGUCUAACUUCAGGGCAGGUUCAGCUCAUGAAACAUUCUGCCAUGAGAUUUCCAGCAGGAAAUUGGGGUCUCUUGAUGCUUCUGGGGAGCUUGGUUCAGCUGAGCAGUGCAGACUGUGAGGAUGCAAAAAAGGAUGUGGAGUUGGACUUGAACAUGCAGUACAGCCUUUCCAGCUUCAGCACAGAAACUUUCAUACAGAACGUGGUCCUCCACAAACAACGCAUCUAUGUGGGAGCAACAAAUAAGAUCUACGUCCUGAACAGUAAACUAGAAAAGAUUUCUGAGUUCAAAACAGGCCCCGUGUUGGAAUCCUUGAAUUGUUCACCAUGUGACAACUGUGAGGAUAUGGCAAACCACUCUGAGUCUGUGUGGAGAAACAAUACGAACAUGGUUUUGCUGGUCGAGACGUUCUAUGGAGAUCAACUUAUCAGCUGUGGCAGCGCAAGGAACGGCGUUUGUUUCCUUCACAAUCUCGAGGAAAAUGCUCUUGCCAAUUUUUCAAACAAUGCCCGGUGUAUGUACUCAUUUGCCAACAAUAACCAUGACAUGUAUCCAGACUGUAUUGCCAGCCCCCUAGGUACAAAAGUAUUGAUAAAGAAGAACGAUCGAUUUGUGAAUUUGUACAUCGGUGCAACAUUGAGUUCUGCUCCUCUGUAUUCCCGGUUACAUUCAGUAUCUAUAAGGAGGUUAAAGGAAUCCGAAGAUGGCUUUCAGUUCAUCUCUGAUCAUUCAUAUAUGGAUGUUAUUCCACAGUAUAGGGACACCUACCCAAUUAAGUAUCUUUACACUUUUGAAAGUGGGAACUACGUGUACUUUUUAACUGUGCAAAGAGAAAGUUUGCAGUCUAAGUCAUUUCACACCAGAAUUAUUCGACUGUGCACUUCAGAUCCUUUCCUGAACUCUUAUGUUGAAAUGCCGCUGGAAUGUAUAAUCAGUGAGAAGCGAAGAAAGAGGUCCUCAAGUAUAGAAGUGUACAACAUCCUUCAGGCUGCAUACGUAGCCAAACCGGGUGCAGACCUUGCUGAGCAACUGGGGGUUUCUGCUGAAGAGGAUGUACUCUUUGCAGUAUUUGUACAAAGUAAACCGGAGUCCUUGGAGCCUACCAACAGAUCAACAGUCUGUGCAUUUUCUGUAAAAUUCAUCAAUCAAUUCUUUGAGCUGUUCAUUGACAGGUGUCAGAAAGAAAAUCUUCCAAAAGGCCUUCACCAUUUUCACAGUGGUGCCGAUAGAUACUGCAUCAGUGAAAGCCUCACACCCAAAGAGAAGGCUUGCGGAGGAAACAAUGAUGGGUUUCAGAUGGAAAGCACAACUCCUGCACAACGGCUCGACUUGUUUCUUGGGCAAUUCCAAAACACCUUGUUAACGUCAAUUGCAGUCUUCACAAUGGGAAAAGUGACUGUUGCAAAUCUGGGAACUUCCGAUGGUCGCGUUAUGCAGGUGGUGCUUUCACGAAUUGAGCGAUCAACACCUCACUUCAAUUUACAGCUGGACUCAAAUUCAGUAUCCCCUCAAAUAUUAGUUGAGCAAUCUGGAUCUGAACAAGGCUACAUAGUCGUCGUUACAGGGAAGAAGAUAAGCAAACUACCUUUAACAGCUGCACGGUGUGGCUAUUUCUUGUCAUGCACAAAGUGUUUAACAGCUCCUUCUUUCAUGGGCUGUGCGUGGUGCAGUGGUAGGUGUUCCAGAAUGCAAGACUGUAUGACUCACAAGUGGAAUAUCUGCCCUCCUGUUAUCAGCCAGAUCUCCCCGUUAACUGCGCCUUUGGAGGGUGGAACAAGGCUGAUUAUUUGUGGAAGGAAUUUUGAAUCAAUGAAAAGUAAAAUAAAUCCGAAAAUGACUUCCAUUAGUGUUGGAAAUACUGUCUGCAAAUUGGAGGCAUACAGAAGCAACAGAAACAGACUUCUUUGCAUAUUGGAAGCAUUUAACACCACACAAGAUUAUAAUCCUGUCCAUAUUAAUUUAACGCUGAACAAAAAUUUGACAACACAAGCAGCCAACUUUUCUUUUGUGAAUCCAGGUAUUGUUCGCAUCUCUCCCCAACACGGUUCAAAAUCAGGAGGAACCGUACUAACAAUCAUGGGAAAGUACUUGGACAGCGGAAGCAGAAGGGAAGUUUUAAUCGGAGGAAGAGUGUGUGAUCUCAAAAGCGUUUCCAAGAUGAGGAUUGAGUGCGUUACUCCCGCCCAUGAAUCCCUGCAGAAGUAUUCUGUAGUUUUGAAAAUAGACGCUGCUGUCCGUGAAUUCAAAGAUUGUUUCACGUAUGUGGAAAGUCCGUCAAUCAUUAAUAUUUAUCCUGUUUGGUCAUUCAGCAGUGGAGGCAGUACAGUGACAGUGCAAGGAAUUAACUUGAAAUUUGUGCAAUCACCCCAGAUGGUAAUCACUAUACAACAAAUAUCAAAGACUUUUCAUGUGGCAUGUAGAUAUGAAGUUAACAUGAAGGUGAUCUACUGUCCAACUCCCUCUCUGGAUCACUUUAAACUCACACUGCCUACGCAGGGCAAAGCAUCUUUUAUCUUUGACAACGUCACUGUGGGAUCCUUUGACUUUGGAUAUGCAGAAGAUCCUCUGUUUGAGACAUUUCAAGUACCGAAGGAAAUCAAAAAGAGUGGCAGUAAUGCUCUUGAGAUUAAAUUUCAAGGAACGCAGAUUAAAGCUGAAGCUAUUGAUGGUAAAAUACUAACAAUUGGAAACCGGAGCUGUGAGCAUAUUCACCUGAAGCCAAAUGCUUUAGUCUGUAUCAUACCCAAGGAAUUUCUGGCUUCAAGAAGAGAAUUCGAUGUAGAAUGGAAAAAAGCAAAUUCAUCAAUUUAUUUGGGAAAAGUAAUCAUACUUGAAAAUAAGAAUCUUAUUACACUUGUUGGCAUGGUCGUGAUAAUGUUGCUGCUUUUUUUGACACUUGGAAUAUUUAUUUGGAGGUACAAGAAGCAACAGAUGAAAGAUCUAAACCCAGAUAUCGCGCGGUUUGAUGGAGGGACACAUACACUGCACCUGGAUAGGCUUGUGAAUACAAGAGCACGAAACAGUAUCACUGCAGAAAUGAUCUCUCAUGAAUCCUCUGACUAUCGAACAACCCUUCAAGAAGAUCCUUUUCAGAAUUUGACGCAAGGAGCAUCAUAUAGACAGGCCCAGUUUUCGCACUCAGAUUUGACUUGCAUAUUGUCAACUGGGGACUUGGAUCCAACCACGCCAUUACUGCAGGGCGACGUGAACAUCAGCUUCAGCAGCUUGGACUCUGAGCUACUGAAAGAAGUGCAGCACAUGGUUAUCAGCACCGAUGCUCUCACAAUGCACACCACAGAGGUGAUAGGAAGAGGCCACUUUGGCUGUGUAUGCCAUGGAACUCUUGUUGCUCCAGAUGGGAACCAUAUACAUUGUGCAGUGAAGUGUCUGAACAGAAUCACUUGCAUAGAACAAGUUACCCAAUUUCUGAGGGAAGGAUUAAUAAUGAAAGAUUUCAAACACACUAAUGUUCUUUCCCUGCUUGGGAUCUGCCUUCCGAACCAAGGAUCCCCUCUGGUUGUUCUACCAUACAUGAAACAUGGUGACCUACGGAACUUUAUCAGAGAUGAGAGUCAUAAUCCAACAGUAAAGGAUCUUAUUCAUUUUGGACUUCAUGUUGCGAAAGGGAUGGAAUAUCUUGCAAGCAAAAAGUUUGUUCACAGAGAUCUUGCAGCAAGAAACUGCAUGUUGGAUGAGAACUACACUGUAAAAGUGGCCGAUUUUGGGCUUGCAAGAGAUAUCUAUGAGAAGGAAUAUUACAGCAUUAAUAAUAAAAGUGGUGCCAAACUGCCAGUGAAGUGGAUGGCACUGGAAAGUCUGCAGACUCAGAAAUUCACAACCAAGUCUGAUGUGUGGUCUUUUGGUGUACUGCUGUGGGAGCUGAUGACACGAGGAGCGCCACCUUAUCCCGAUGUUGAUUCAUUUGAUGUUACUGUUUACUUGUUACAAGGCAGAAGGUUGCUGCAACCUGAAUACUGUCCAGAUUCGCUGUAUGCAAUAAUGCUAAAAUGUUGGCACCCAAAGCAGGAAAUCCGGCCAACAUUUUCGGAAAUUGUUUCGAACCUGUCAUCAAUUCUUUCCACGAUUACUGGAGAUCACUACAUACAGUUAAAUACAACCUACGUCAACUUAAACUGUGGAGUCCCCUAUCCACCCGUUUAUUCAUCUCAAGACAGUGAGGACAGGGAUGCCCAUGCAUGAUGGAAGGCGGGUUUUCAGGAAAGGAUAUUUUAUCAGCAGGCGAAUGCAAGAAAUCCAUUCUGGCCAUUACAAGGGAGAAGCCCUAUAUUAAACGCACUGCUGGCUCAACGGUAUCAACUGUGAUGAACUCUGCAGAACGAAGUGACAGAGAUGAACUCCAGUUAAAGCUGUCUGACAUCACUGGGAAACGAACCCCCUCUCCCCCAAAGAAGAACAAAGAUGAAGUUCUGCUCCUACUCCACCAGUUUUCCCAUUCAACACGUUGUCUUUCCCAAUUUCUACCAGCUCCAACAUGAUGCCACCACUAGUAAUAUCUUCUGUCUUUUUUUUGCAUUCCACUGGGACCACUUCCUUCCUGACUCCUGUGGCUGUCCAUUCACCUCUUCUUUCUCACCAUCCAGGGACCCAAACAAUCAUUCUGCGCGAAGCAGCGCCUCACUUGCUCUUCUCCCACUCGAGUCAGUCCACACAAUGUGGCUUUCACUGCCUUGGAGAAACCGAAAUCAGACUGACUAAUGGCAGAGCAGAGUGUCUGCACUCAGUCUGUCAGGAGGUGUCCUGUCGUUCCUGUUCCAUUCUCAAUCCCACCCCUUUCCAAACUGCUGCCUGCAACUUCCUCCACUGCCACAGUGUAAACUGGAAGAACAACAUCUUGUCUUCUUUCCAGGCACUGAAGUGAACAGUGAAUUAAUUUUCCAACUUAUGGUAAACCUCUGUCAUCAUUUACCAUUAUCAUGCUUAUGCCCGUUGUUCACCCCGUUUCUUCUAAAUGCCUGACUGACGGUUGAAACUCAUACUCCAUAUCCCCGAUCACCUGGCUUCACCUAUCACCUGCCAGCUUCUACUCCGUCCCCUCUCCCCACCUUCUUAUUCUGGCUUCUUCCAGUCCUGAUGAAGAGACUUGGCCCAGAACAUCAACUGCUUCAUCCUUCUCCAUAGAUGCUGCCUGACCUGCUGAGUAUUUUUCAUGGGUUACCCCUUUCUAAACCUAUCACCAUUUGGUGUUCUGCCUUAAACCUCUCUCACUUCCCCGAGCUCUGUUUUGAAAGCUGUGAGGAUUUCCACUGCUGCUCAGCCCACUGAGUUGAUCCAGCAGGUCGUUAUGUCCUCCACAUUUCAGUAUCUGUAGUCACUUGUCUCCGCCACCCCACCCACCCAGUUCUAGGGAAGGUUUGCUGAUCCAAAACAUUGAUGAGUUCUCUUUACACAGAUGCAGCUCGGCUGUGCUGAGUUCUUUAAGCAUUUCUGGUUUUAUUGUUGUCAUUGGGAAUCUUGUUUGUAACUUCUGCUGCAGAAUAAGGCUGUUCUGUGGACUGCAGGAGAGAAAAAAGUCAUGAUAGAUUUAAAGACAAGUUCCAUCCUGAAAAUUUAAUGGAGUGUUCUAUUUUUUUAACAAAGAUAGGUUUAUUUUUAAUUAAUUAACCAUCAAUAGCAACAGUAAAACUGGACCAUAUUAUUAUUGCGUACAAAACCUUUUAUAAAUUAAUGCUUUUUCUUAAUUUCAUACAUCAUCUGUGUACCUCUGUUAAUGAAAUAUACUUGUUCUUUCAGGAUCACCAGUAAUGCAUUUUUUUUCCCAGAGUCCAGUGAAAGUGAGAUGUUAAAUAACCACUGUGGUAUAUGCAAUCUCCUGUUUCUGCAAUUUACUGUAUCUAGUAUUAAAUUAUUAAAUACAAAACAGUUGCUGUCAAUAUGAAAAUAUAUAUAAACAAUUAAGAAAUCCACAGAUCGUUUGUAUCUCAAUGGUUUAAUAUUUUUGGAGGCUAAAUUUUGUUUUUCUUUGGAGGCUAUAUAGAUAGGCUGUGAGCUGGACAUUUCUAAACCCCCAUAAAAAUAUAUUUGCUUAAACGGCACGGAGGAGACUUUUCCCCACAAGUCGAUAGCAUGCAAACACACGUCCGCAUUGGAAUUGAAAAUCCUGAUGCUUCUCUGACCACACAUUAAGCUUGACUAAUGUCAGUGUUCCUGUCCGCCUGUUGAAACUGACCACAAGCAGUUAAUACACUGUGUGUCUCAAAGGGCAGGUGACCAAUGAAUCCAACAAUUGUUGGAAAUGAUUGUACAGUUUGAGGAGAGCACAAGGCUGCCAUAGCGCCAUGGUGCACACCCCACUCCAUUCUAAUACACCUAGAAGUGCUGAGAGUAGGUAUGGUCACGGGAAGCCCUUACACAGAAUUGGAACACCUGUGACCUAACAGAUCAAUGUCCAGAAUAAUAGCCCCAAGGGAUGCAAAAUCGUGGCUGCUUCCUCAAAAGGAACAGAAACAUGGACAAAUUCUACCUGAAAACCCAGGUACUUCCUCACCCACACGCUUUCUGCUUGUGGACCUACCCAACCAUGCCAGGCACACACUUUGUCACAUACUUCCUUGUCCCUGGCAACAGAAGCGAUACUGGGCUGAGCAAACUGCAGGGGUGGCUACUGAGAAUGAUGGCGUAGCUCAGGAGGCUAUGCAGCCUAAGGACGUACAGGGCAGCAGCCGGCAAGUAUCAUCACCACACAUUCCGGUGCCAAUUUAGCAAGCCCCCUCCCCCCAUGUCAGUGGAGCAGCACCAGCAAUAAAAACAACAGCAGCAGCAUAACAAGCCCAUGUCCUCCCUCCUUCCUAUCCAUCCACCCAGACAGUCCUCCAACCUCAGGGCAGGCUGCCUCGGGCCUCUGAUUUCCCCAGUAGACUCACAGACUGAAGACUUUGGCCACUGGGCUUUAACUUCCAGACCCCUCCCCCCCCCAACGACUUUGGGUUUUAAUCUUCGAUAUCGACCCAGAGACUCACCAGUGAUG